CUUUUCGUUCGAAGUCGAUCGAGGGACGACAAACACAACGCUCGACAAAAUGUUAGGAAUGUCAACGAGAUCAAUUGUUCGUCGAGCCCUUGCUACACGACCUAUUCAGGGUGUCGCUGCCCGGCCAUGUAUUCGUUCAUCCAUCCCUCUCCUGCAAUCACCGCAAUCAAGAACGAACGCAUCCUCAACAACCGAUCCAAAGCCAGACCCAGCCGCCGAGCCAGAAUCCCCCAAACCCAAACCGAAAUCCAAGAAACCCAAACCAAAUUUCCUCGUUACAACCGUCGCCCUCUUCUGCAUCCUCUCCGGCUUAACAGCAACAGGCUACGCACUCUACGACCACUACUUCAACUUCCCCUACCCCUUCCCCGCCCCCAUCGCCGAACAACUCCGGAAAGCGAUUUAUUGGCAUAAACAUGGUGAUGAUAUUCCGAAAGCACUCGAGCAUUAUCGGAAAGCGUUGAGGAUGAUUGAUGAGCUUGCGGAGGGGGAGGAAGGGGAGGGGGCGGGGAUGGAUAAGGGGAGUGAUGCGGUGACGGGGGUGAAGAUACAGAUUGCGGGGGUGUAUGAGGAGAUUGAACGACCUGAGCGGGCUCUGCAGAUUUAUACCACGGUUCUUUACGAGCUGCAAAAAGCCAUCGCGGAACUUCCUUCGAAACCCUUGGGUGAGAAAGAAACCCCGGCGGAUCGCGAAGCGGAUCGCUUGAGAAUGCAAAAACGCGCCGUCAGCGUCGCGCUCAAAACGGGACAAAUCAGAGCCGACAUGAGCGACGACGACGAAGCAGAGAAAAUCCUGACGUGGGCGGUCCAAACCAUGCUCACCGAAACGAACAAGAACCCUACGCCCGGGAUCUGGAUGACGACGGAAGAAAUGGGCGGGACGCUCGAAUCCUUGGCGCACUUUUACUUGGAGAGGGGAAAAGCGGCAUUGGCGACCCCCUUGUUCGUCGCGGCGUAUAACAUGAGCGAGAAGGAGCCUACGUGUCAUAGCGUGGUACUUAUGAACUCCAUCUCUGGCUCAAUCAGCGAACUCCCCGCCAAAUCCCCCAAAUCCAUCGCGCUUCGCUCCCGUGACGCCCGCGCAUGGUCUACCAAUGCCAUCGACCUCGCACAACGUCUUGAUCCCAACAGCCUUGAUCCGGAGUGUGCGGAGGGGUGUGCCGUCGCCGCAUUCAAUUUGGGGAUGAUUGCGGAGAUGGAGGGGGGGUUGGAGGGUGCGAGGAAGUGGUUUAGGGAGAGUUUGAGGAGGAGUAGGGAGGUUGGGUUUAAGGAGGGGGUUGUGCAGGGGAUGCAUGCGUUGGAGAGGGUUGUGGAGGGGAAGAAGGCAAAGCUUGAUACGGUUGCUUGAGCUCGUGAAGGAAGGGCUGGGCUCGGCGGUUGCAAUUGGAGGAAGUGAGGUGGAAAAGAGCUGGUUUGGGUUUAUAGACGAAUAUCAAAUAACAUAUUCUAUCUCAACUUGACUUGCACAGUCC